AACGUUUGGCAGUUGGCGUGAGUGUGGAGGCAACACGUUUUGUAACUUGGAGCCUGGAGAAAGAGGGACCCGGCCCCACACACCCGGAGCCGGGAGAGCAAGAGACCCGGCUCCGACACCAUGCCGCGAUCUCGGCGUGACAAGCGGGUUUCUUUGACUAAGACAACGAAGAAAGGAUUACAAGUUAAACAGAAUCUGAUCGAGGAGUUACGAAAAUGUGUGGACACCUACAAGAACCUAUUUGUCUUUUCUAUUGAGAAUAUGCGGAAUAACAAGUUGAAGGAUAUGCGGAGUGCUUGGAAACAUAGUCGGUUUUUCUUUGGUAAAAACAAAGUGAUGAUGGUGGCACUGGGAAAAGAACCAGCAGAUGAGUACAAGGAUGGUUUGCACAAGAUCAGUAAACAGUUGCAAGGUGAAGUUGGUCUUCUGUUCACUAAUCGAACAAAAGUGGAAGUGAUUGAGUGGUUUGAUCAGUACACAGAGUCUGAUUUUGCCCGUGCUGGGAAUAUAGCUACAAUGGCUGUUACGCUAGAUGCUGGGCCCCUGCCACAGUUCACGCACUCCCUUGAACCACAACUGCGACAGCUUGGGUUACCAACCUCUCUGAAGAAAGGUGUUGUGACAUUAUUAUCUGAUUAUGAUGUAUGUAAAGAAGGUGCCUCGCUGACGCCUGAACAAGCACGUCUUCUGAAAUUGCUUGGUAUUGAAAUGGCAACCUUCAAAGUGACGAUAAACUGCAUGUGGAACUCUGAGACUGGUGAAUUUGAGCAACUGACAACUGAUUGAUGCAACAAGCAAAGGGUGGAGGAAAUGUAUGAAGAGCAAGAGUGACUGAGUGCAAGUUGAAGGGCUGAAGCCUGCGUUUCAAAAGUCGCAGUUUCAGUGACUAAUUAACAAUUUUACAAUCAUUUGGGAAACAACUGUUGCACAUGUGGACACUGAAUUAAGUGAGCAUUUUUAAUAAAGUUUGGAACUUCAACAGA